CAACCGCCAAACGACACCACGAAGAAGAGCCGUCUGCUACCAUUAACAAAGUCUGAUGUGGCUAGGUCAAUGUUAGCAAGGUAGCACUAAUGGUUGCCCUCUCUGUUGGAUAUUUUUCCCUAUUACUAACUCAACAUGGGCAAGAGAGACAAUCGAGUGGCUUAUAUUAACCCCAUUGCUGCGGCACGAGCCAGGGGACCGGCAGCGAAUGCUGGACCGACUAUACAGGAUUAUUUAAGCAGACCUCGGCCAACAUGGGAAGAGCUCAAGGAGCAGCUAGAGAAGAAGAAGAAGGGCUCUCGAGCCCUGGCUGACUUUGAGGAUAAAAUGAACGUGAAAUGGAGGAAAGAACUGGCAAAAAACCGAGAGAAGUUGCUAGGCGGAAGUGACAAAGACAAAGAGCGAGACAAAAAGACAAUGGACAAGGAAAAAGAGGAGAAGAAAGAGAAAAAAGAGAAAAAGAAGAAAGAGAAGAAGAAAUCCAACAGGGUGAGGAGAGACCUCCAGUAUUUUAAUGGCCAGCUGUGCCACAGUACUGACACACACACACACUCACACACUGCCUGCCUGUACUCUGAGAUGGUCUCUUAUUGUGUUCCAACUUCAAAACAAGCGAAUAACCUUAAGUCUAAUGAACCCUGCUUUCAUUGUGUUUUGGUCAAGCAUUCUUCAUCUUCCUCCUCCUCAUCGAGUUCUGAUUCCUCCAGCAGUUCCUCCUCAGAAUCUGAAGACCUGGAUGAAAAGAAGAGCGUGAAGAAAAAGCGGAAGAGAAAGAAGUCAUCGGCCAGGAGAGCAUCAGACAGCUCAGAGGAAGAAUCUGAUGCUGAGAGCAAGAAGAAAAAGAAAAGAAUCAAGGAAGAAGGGGACAAAGAAAAGGAUGACAAAAGCCGUAAAAGAAAAAGGAAGGCCGAGCGAAGUUAUAGAGACUCAUCGUCAGAGUCCUCUGCCGAAUCUGAGGGGGAAGACGUAGCUGAAGCCAAGAAGAAAAAGAGAAGUAGCGAGGAAAAGGAGAAAAUCACAGACAAAUCCAAGAAGAAGAGAAAAAAGAAGCACAAGAAACACGGCAGAAAAAAGAAAAAGAAGGCGGCAUCUCAGUCAGACUCGGAGUUUGACUAACAACCGUAGCUGUACGGUUCUCUCUUCCUCCUGACAGUUCACAGUAGUGUUAUUUUUGCCUCUGACCUCUGAAAAACUUCUCCUAUCCAGCUUUGGUCAUCACGCUUGAACAAGAGACUUACAGACUUGUAAUGCUGGGGUUCUGUGAGUUAAGUGAAUUGAGGGCGGCACCCAUCCCUCUAAGUGGCAACUACCGGUACAUAUCUUCCGUUUUUAUUGUCGGUUUGUUUUUCCACCAUGCUUUUUGUAGAUAAUUUUCUUUUUGAGUUACGCUCAACAACGGGACUGAAGUGAAUUCCUUUAUAAUUAUUUUCCCCCCCUCAUCUUGGAGAUGUCAGUGUGACUGGCGUUCGCUUUCACCUUCAGUAUGCUGGCCCUCUCGGAGUUGCUCGAUCUCUGCUUCACACCCGACAUCUUGCGUUUCUAGUUGCUAGAUGAGGCUGUCAUGCUAGUGCCUGCGUCGUGCAUGUAGACCCCGAUGACCUGAUGUCUCGCCAGCCUCAUAUUGAAGUUGGACUUAUGAUACGAAAUGUGAGCUGCACAGUCGACAUUUAUACAAGGGAUAAAUUGUACUGUUAAAUUAAUUGUUACACUGCAGUGUAAAUGUAAAAACAAUGGGAAUUCAUUAAUAAAGUAUUGUUUUAGCCUUUAUCGCUGUUACUUAGA